AUGAAUCUUGCUCCUGCAAACAGAAUUUUGGUGGCUGUUACUGAUACCGGCCUGGGUAUCCCCGAAGCUCAACUUGAGAACAUCUUCUGUGCGUUUGAACAAGUUGGCUCUGGCAAAUCACAUGAUGAAGCGAUGUGUGAGUCGAUUGCUCUCGAGCUUGCCAUUUUCGGACGAGUUGUGCACAACAUGGGUGGCCAGUUGCGGGUAGAUUCAACUGUGGGACAGGGCUCAAACGGGCCGCGCAAGUCAAUCAGCUUUGGCUUGACCAAAGGGUCCAAGGGUAGCGUAAGUUCGCAUUCCCUUGGUAGUAACAUGAGUGGCGAGAUGGCUUGUCGUCGGAUCAGCUCGCCAUUGAAUCAGAGCCUCUCUAGCAGAGGGCUGCACAAGACACAGAUGAGGAUGUCUCAAGCUACCCCCUCUUCGCCGAGGCAGAUGACGACGGAUUGGACAAUCAAACCGCCUAAAUUGCCGGCCCAAGAGGGCAGUUCAAAUAUGGAGUCCGCGAAGUCUGAACCCCUCAAGCCCUCUCACCCGCCCUCCCAGACAUCUCCUCCAAAGCCACCAAAGGAGAAAAAGAAGUUGUCCCCAAAGACCGAACGGCUCUCCAUCAACACCCUCACCGACCCCAGCGAAUCCGGCUCAACUACGCUCACUCCCGCUGAAAUUAUACAACUUUCUAUUCCUAAGAUGAUCUCAGGCAUUUUCGAGUUGAUCAUUUAG